AUGAUUUUCUACUUAAUAUUAUUGGCACUCUUUUAUAUUCAAUACAUUGACUGCCAACAAUGCCUACCGCUCAAAGGAUCUAAAGCCUGUCCACUAUUCAGCAAGAUAUCCAUUCCACUAGAUGACACUACGACUUAUCCUUGGCUAACCAACGUGUCGAAUGUUAAUGACUUUGACCGGGAACUAUUUAACUAUGUUAAUUCACCCCUCUUUUGGAAUCAAGAGCUUAACUGUGCUCAAUUGAUUCAAGAUACCCCCAAAUAUGCACUCAGCUUUACAUGUGCAACCAUCGUGUCCAGACUAUCUUCUUCAUGCAACACCGACACAGCCAUCCUACCACUCUGCCAACACACGUGCGAUUCCUUUUCGAAAUCAAUACAGACUCUAGUUCAGUCUCAUAAUAGCACAUGCAGUCUAGCAUCUACAGAUAUAGCUUCUUUCUGUGAAACAGAUCCUGUAUUUGACGGUCUGCCCUCGGCCCACUGUAUAUCAGGUUUUGAUAAUGAGCGUCAAUUAUGUGAAAGCAAGGAUGCAGCUGUAUGUAAAUAUUGUGAUUGUCCUUCUAGAUACAACAAUCUGGUCUCUACACCACUUGCCAUCACCUUGAUUACUGUUGUGAGCCUAGUGAUAUGCACCAGUCUGUUGAUCUUUUUGUACUUUAGAUGCUAUAAGCAACGUAUCACUCACCUCAAGCUUACAUCAUCAGCUUCAUUAGUCAAGGUGAUCAACGAACCACAUGCGGGCCAUGUAAAAGAUUUUUCUGUGGACGAUAAAAGCUUAUCCGACAUAAAAGGACAUGUCUUUCAAGUGAAUUCGAUAGAAGAGCAGUACGUUAGAGCAAUUUAUUCAUUUACAGUACCGAAUCACUCAGAUGAACUACAACUGCUUACAGGUGAUAUCCUUAGGAUGUACUAUUAUUUUGAUGAUGGAUGGGCAAUUGGGGAUAAUCUUGUUUCAGGUCAAAGAGGUUUGUUUCCACUCCUUUGUGUCGUUCACCUAUCGCCUACAGAAGUACAUGAAUUAAUAAAAUCAUCCGAAAACACGGACUGA